CAAAAAAUGUCGAAGAACCAGGAAGCCAAGCGCUACGGCCCCAACGUCAGCAAGGAGACGUUGGUGUACGGCGUGGUGCAUAUUUACGCCUCCUUCAAUGACACUUUCGUGCACGUGACGGACACCUCCGGCCGCGAGACCUUCGUGAAGGUGACCGGCGGGAUGAAGGUGAAGGCCGACCGCGAUGAGUCCUCCCCCUACGCCGCGAUGUUGGCCGCCCAGGACGUCGUCGCACGGUGCAAGGAGUGCGGCAUCAACGCCCUCCACGUCAAAAUGCGCGCGACCGGCGGCGUCAAGACGAAGAGCCCGGGCCCGGGCGCCCAGGCCGCCCUUCGCGCCUUGGCCCGCGCGGGGAUGAAAAUCGGCCGCAUCGAGGACGUCACGUCCAUCCCGACAGACUCCACCCGCCGAAAGGGCUCCCGUCGGGGUCGCCGUCUGUAAAAUGUCGAGAAUUCGAUUAUUUUUUUGCAUUCCUUUUGCUAUAUUUUAUUCUUCCUUUGAUUUAAGGGAUUAAAAAAAAAAAAGCGCGAAA